GGAUUCAAUGCCUCCAUUCUCUCUCCUCCUCCCUUGUUUUCUUCUUCGUUAAGAUCGGAAGUUUCCGAGCUUUCUCGCACAUCCAAAUCCCAUCCAAUCCGCCGCUCUCGCUCUCGCUCUCUCUACCGACAGAGCAGCGAGUCGCAAUGCCGAGCGGGUGCGCGAUCUUCUGCGAAAUCCUCAUCGCCAUCCUGCUCCCUCCCCUGGGCGUCUGCUUCAGGCAUGGUUGCUGCAGCGUUGAGUUCUGGAUCUGUGUGUUGCUGACGAUCCUGGGUUACAUCCCGGGAAUCAUAUACGCGCUCUAUGCGAUCGUGUUCGUCAACCGCGAUGAGUUCUUCGACGAGUACCGGCGUCCGCUUUAUGCUCCAGCCUAGCUUUUCUUUGAUAUUUUCACCAUCAUCGGCCUUUAUAUGCUGUAAUUUGACGGUUUAAACUCCGUACUUUGACAGUUUCACUGUUUGCUUGGCUAGGAGUACCGUUUUGAUGGUUUGAUGUGACUAUAUUCUGAUAUUUUCUUGUUCCAAUCGGAUGUGCUGGGAUUGAUUUUUGGCU